AUGCAGUUCUUCAACUUCGGCCUGCUCCUCUUGCUCCCCCUUGUGGCUGCGGAACUCGGUCCACAGCCAGAGGUGCUGAAAACCGGCUCCAAGGAGAUCAUCCCGGGCCAGUACAUCGUCACCCUGAAGGACGGCCUCACCGCUGACCAGAUCAAAACCCACAAGGAAUGGGUGUCCUCUGUUCACCGGUCUAACCUCAACUUUGGCCGUGGCGGGAUCGAGUCCGAGGGUAUCAUGGGCCACUUCAACAUCCACAAGCUGAACAUGUACUCUGGAGGCUUUGACGAGCGCACCGUCGAAGACCUCAGACGCAGCCCUCAUGUCAAAUCUGUGCUGCCUGACCAGAAAGUGUACCUUGCAACCACCAAGGCGACGCAGAAGAACGCCAGCUGGAACCUGGGCUACAUGUCCAGCAAGGGCAAGCCGGUCUCCAACUGGGACACGCUGGUCGACUACAGUUACGACAGCAAGGCCGGCGAGGGAGUAUGGGCAUAUGUGCUCGACACCGGCGUCAACGUCCACCACGUCGAGUUCGAAGGCCGCGCCAUCCUAGGCCACAAUGCCAUUCCCAACAAGCCGCACGAAGACACCUUUGGCCACGGAACGUACGUCGGGGGUAUCAUUGCCGGCAAGACGUAUGGUGUCGCGAAGAAGGCGACGGUGGUCUCUGCAAAGGCCUUUGACGGUGGUUCCAGCUCAUACAACUACAUCCUCGAGACGUACGACUGGAUCAUCAAGAACAUCACAGACUCCAACCGCAAGUCCAAGGCCGUCAUCAACCUGAGUAUCUCCGGCUCCAAGUACCAACCCUUUGACGACGCCGUCGAGAACGCCUUCAAGGCCGGCGUCACCACCGUUGCAGCUGCUGGAAACGACGGCAGAGACGCCAAACUGAACACGCCGGCCUCUGCGCCCAACGCCAUCACCGUGGGCGCCGUCCGCUUCGAAAACACCCGCCCGCAGUUCUCCAACUACGGCAAGGUCGUCGACGUCUGGGCUCCUGGCGAGAUCAUCCGUUCGUGCUGGAAGGGAGGAAACAACGCCACGGCCAUCCAGUCGGGCACCUCGGCCGCCAGCCCUCACGUCGCCGGCCUCGUCGCCUACCUGAUGAGCAUCGAGAACCUGCCUUCGCCGUCCGCCGUCACCGCGCGCGUCCUCAACCUGACCAUCCCGGGGCUCGUCAAGGACGCAAAGGACAGCCCAAACCGCGUCGUCUACAACGGCGUCCAGGAGCAUGUACUGUUCAGCCCUACGAUUAGCGUUUGGCUGCUUUUCUUUUUCAGGGAUCCAUCGAACUUCUCCCUGCUGCCCUUGGACCUGCGAUCUAGCUCGCCUUAUCGUCUGUCCCUCAUCCUCCGCCCAGCUGCGACGUAUAUAACACUGCCUCCUCCUCCUCGUCUCCUCUGGCCGGCCGCCGUCGCCGUGGAUGCGCCGCCAGCAGACUUCGUGGCCGUCCAUGGGUUGAAGAUGGACUUGUCCUUGACCUCGACGCCCUCCAUCCUCGUCUCGGACUCUACUGUAGAACAUCCUCGCCCUCGCCAACGCCCUCCUCGCCAACGCCACGAUAUCACCACUCUCCACAGCCAGCAGUCUCACAGACAGUCUCACUCUCACGAUUCAGCGCCUCCAACACCCGCAUAUGGACCAAUGGCCAUCCCAAGGUCGCAGGAAACCAUCGCCCCGCCGCCUCUGCCUCCGCCACGCUUUAUACAAGAACUUGCCAACGGACACGACUCGGGCUGGCGAUGGGGGAACACCUUCCACCCAGCAGGAUCAGCUUCAGGCGCAGCUGGAGGACCAGUACCAGGACCAGGACCAGGACCCGGUCAGGGACCAGAGACAGCCACCGAGGCCGUCGAUAAAGGUGCAAUGCUGCCCCCCAUAAAUCCCAGCUCCAGCCUGUUUGGAGGCCACACCAGACCGCCCUUGCGCAGGCGAGACGAGACCUUCCACCUGGAUGCAGACGAGCAGCGUGCGGUUGACGCGAGGAGGCCCGGUUCGGGCUCGGUGUCGGACCAGGAGAUGGCCCUGGGACCUCUGUCGGCGCCCUUGCUGAGUCCGUUUGGGGAUGGCAGCGCUCUCUCGCCCACCAGUCCGCCGACGAGGCCCGGCAGGUCGCUCUCCCAGACCGGCUCCCUCUCCCAUACUCUAGAUACCCGGAUCCUGCCCAGCACGAGGGACAGACAAAAACCGCUCUCGGGAAAAAGCGAACGCUCGCUCAGUGCCUACGACCGGAACCUGCUAUCCAAGAUCGGGGGACCGACCUCUCCGCCGAGAAACACAGUACUAGGUCUCACCACUCCGCGAGACCCGGGCAGAGUCCAGACUAGCUUCUCAGCUCUAACUCUCACAGAUGAAACCCUCAGUCCGCAGGAUAUGCGAUGGGGUAGCGGCCCGCCGUCAGCUGGGAUAUCUCCGGGCACUGGAGGCAGCGGGUUUGCAGACUACAUUGCCUUCCGGAGCCACCGUGAGGGUAGCACCAGCGGCCUCUCGCCGAUGGAGGUGGACCAGUUCAGCCACGCCCGCGAAAAGUAUGGCAGCAGCAUCUCCAGCAGCUCCAUUCGGUACGGGGAAAUCGCACAUAGUCUGCCCUUACACUCGGGCCGAAGGAGUCAUGACAAGUCUCUCUUCCCAGACCUAGACACAGACGUCUCAAUGGACGAUGUGCCCAUGAGCGUGAACCCGAAGACGAUCCGCCAGCGGAGUCUGGGUGAACGCAUGCCGUCAUACGCCGAGGGGGUCUCGCCCUUAUCCAACCACGGGAUGAAACGGCGGGCUUCCUCGCCGCCGCAGGUAGCACCGCAUGAAGACGUAGGGCUCAGCACAAGCACCAGCGAUAAGGACUAUAGACGCAUGUCUGGCUUUCCCUUUAAUGGUGGUGGAGUUUGCACGUCUCCCGGCGGAGCAAGAUACCAGUCAAGUCACGGCUCUAUCUCGUCUAUUUCAUCGGCUAGUAUGCGGACGGGUUCAUACGCUUCGUCUACGGGCUUAUCCGUCGGAGCCAGCAGUAUGUCUUCGUAUGAUAGGCCGUCUCCCGGUGGUAUCUCGCCUACGGACGUAGAUCACUACGACAGGGGGUUCAUGAGUAGUCCUGCCCAGAAAUCGUCCACCUCUGCUCCCAUACUGAGCAUCCCUCGACCUACACAGUUUCCCGAACCCACCGUUUCCUCUGCAGAGAUGAAGAAGAGUCCCGCUACGUCGGGGACGGGUAGGAAGGGAUCUCAUACAUGUCCGAAUUCAUCCAAGAAUCCUCAACGUGUUGGCCGGUCGUAUAUAUGCGAGUGCUGUCAUACAAAACCAAAGAAGCUAGACAGCCUUGAAGAACUCAGAGCACACGAGAUGGAAAAACAAUAUAACUGCAACUACUGCCACAAACGCUUUAAAAAUAAAAACGAAGCUGAACGACACCGCUCCUCCCUCCAUAUCCGCCACCACUCAUGGUCCUGCGGCUCUCUAACAAACUACGAAUCCGCCUUCCAUCCCUCUACUUCCUCAUCAUCUAACGGCCAAAUACCCGGCUCUAACACCGCAACUCACGACACCUGUGGAUUCUGCGGUAUCGAAUUUCCUAACCUCCCUUCUCCGAACUGGGACGUGCGGAUCGAACAUUUAACCACCGUCCAUAAGUUCGGGGAAUGUAAUCUGUCCAAGAAAUUUUGGAGAGCAGAUCAUUUAAGACAGCAUUUGAAGCAUAUCCAUGCAGGUUCGAGCGGGAAGUGGACGAACAUUUUGGAGAAUGCGUGCAUGAAGGAAGAACCGAUGGCUGAGGCUGGAUUGCCUAGUAUCGGUGAGACGCCGGAUGGAGAUAUGGAGGCUGAUAUGAUGGGCAAUGACGGGGGAGAUGGUGAGUCGUGA